AUGCUGGCCAAGAUCAGCACCACACUCCUUUAUUCCCUCAUGGGCCUACUCGCCCUCGCGCACGCACUCCCAAGCGGGCCCAUGGAAACCCCUCCCCCGUCGCUGGAGCAGCGCCUCGCCUACUACUCCGAGAGGCCCCCCCGCCAGGAGGUGAAGCAGGCUCAGGCUCAGGCUCAGGCACCGGCCAGCCCCAGCUCCAGCUCCAGCUCCAGCUCCAGCCCCAGCCCCAGCCCCAGCCCCAUCGUCACGGCGGGGACCCCGAGCCGGCUGACCAUCACGGUCGUCAACAAGAUGCCCGCGGCCGUGAGCACCUCGUACGUGCACAACGACGGGGUCCCGGGCCUCGUCGCCGGUGGGACGGGCACGGGCACGCUGAUGCCGGGCGCGAGCGCCACGCUCGUCGCGCCCGAGGACUGGGCUGGCAACGUCGCCGUGAACCUUGCGGAGGACCCCGAGACGGGCGAGAGGUGGGAGAUGAACGGGGAUGUCUCGCUGCUCGAGGGGUCGCUGAUGGAGUGGGGUGGGCUCGGGUACCGUGUUGAUAUUGACGUGUCUUAUGUCAACGGCUUCUCCGUCCCGAUAACCUGCUCCUGCAACAAGGACAAGGCCGUCCUCUCGGGCUGCUCGCUCGACCUGUGGGAGCUGGGGACGCCGUGCUCCGGGAGCUCGGGGGCGGCCAACGGCCAGGGCGCGUGCGCGAACCCGCUGCGGCCGGACGACUCGGACGGCCUCGCCGCGACGGGGUUCUUUGCGCCCUGCGAGGGGGCCGCGUUCACGUGGCCGCGGGACGACGCCAACAGCGAGGGCAUGUGCGGCGGCGGCGACGGGGUCACGUGCUGUAUCGGGACCGCGGGGGACGGGUGUCCUGUGAAUCCUAAGCAGCAGGGCGGUGGUGGUGGGUCUUGA